CAAUGCCAAUUUGCUUUUGCAGACUCCGAGUCUGGGAUAAUGAAUUGAUUAUAACAAGAGCAGCCUUCUUCUCACUCGCUGUUCUGUGAGCUGUGUUGGGUUUUAUUUUUGCGAGUUGAGGCACUGUACUAAAUAAACCUAAGGAUAGUUAGCUGACAAUGUUUGGUGUCGAAUGUAAAAACGAACACGCAAGCUUGCGAAACCGGGUGUUCUACUUUUUUUUCUUAGUUUUGCACAGCCAAGUUUUGUCCGUCGGUCAGAUAAGCAUUUUUACAGAGGAGUGCGCUAGCCCGAUAACCUAUCUUCAGGCACAAGAAGACUUUGGAUCAUCUGCCCCGGUCGUCUCGAGUCGAAAUGAUGAGGUCUGCAUGUUGACAAGCACGAACACAUCAGGCUUCUUCUGAACUCAAACAUCCUACUCAGGAGGAGGUGUCGUUUUUGACGUAGGUAGGGCACAGUGGCGUUUUUUAAACACUUUUCAACAACAUAAAAAAGUGAGAGCAGACCGUGCCUGUGCUGCCAGAUUGAGAUGGGAAGCAUCAGUCGGGACGCGCCGGUAACUCCGGCAGAAUCUAGCCGAGUUCGACACGAGACACCACAGAACCUAAAAGUGAUGAUGGACGCCAACCAUGUCGACUACCGCUCUUUGAAAAGGGACUACCAUCACAGGAUAUUUGUAAACAGGAUCUUGGCCCUUGAGAAGAUCAAGUGCUAUGGGUUUGACAUGGAUUACACAAUAGCAACGUACAAGUCUCCACAAUAUGAGGAGCUGUGCUUCGAGUUGCUGUUGGACAGGCUGGUGUCUAUUGGAUACCCUCACGAGAUCCUGCAGUAUAAGUACGACCCCACCUUCCCUACCAGAGGCCUGGUUUUCGACACCCUCUAUGGAAACCUGCUGAAGGUGGACACCCAUGGAAACAUCCUGGUGUGCACACAUGGCUUCAUGUUCCUUAAGGGGUCUGAGAUUCAGGACUACUACCCCAAUAGGUUCAUCCAGAGAGACAACACCGACCGAUUCUACAUUCUCAACACCCUCUUCAACCUGGCAGAAACCUACCUGUAUGCUUGCCUCGUCAACUUUUUCACCAACUGCACCAGAUACAUCAACUGGCAGAAAGGCUACAAACACGGGGAUCUCUUCAUGUCUUUCUGCAGCAUGUUCCAGGACGUCCGAGAUGCCAUGGAUUACGUGCAUGACACGGGUAUCCUGAAGGAAAAGACACUGGAAAACCUGGAGAAGUAUGUGAUAAAAGACCCCCGGCUACCCCUCCUGCUGAGCCGCAUCAAAGAGGUAGCCAGUGUCUUCCUGGCCACGAACAGUGACUACUGCUACACUGAUGCAAUAAUGACAUACCUGUUUGACUUCUCUCAAGACUCAGCGCCCAGCACUCCAGAGAAGCCCUGGCGUUCUUACUUUGACUUGGUUGUCGUGGAUACGAGGAAACCACUCUUUUUUGGGGAAGGGACUGUUCUAAGACAGGUGGACAGGGACACGGGGAAGCUGAGGAUCGGUACCUACACUGGGGGCCUGCAGCACGGCACUGUGUACUCAGGAGGCUCCUCAGAUAUUAUCUGCGACCUGCUGCGGGUGAAAGGCAAGGAUAUCCUGUACGUGGGGGAUCACAUUUUCGGAGACAUCCUGAAGUCAAAGAAGCGUCAGGGCUGGAAGACAUACCUGGUGGUGCCGGAGCUGGCCAAGGAGCUGCAGGUCUGGACAGAGAAGAGCUAUCUGUUUGAUGAAUUGAAGAGCCUGGAUAUAUUUCUAGCAGAGCUUUACAAACACCUGGACAGUGGCAGCACAGAGUGCCCUGAUAUCAGUGCCAUCCGGACUCGGAUCAAAAGUGUGACCCAUGAGAUGGACAUGUGCUACGGGAAGAUGGGCAGCCUGCUUCGCUGUGGCUCACGGCAGACUCUCUUCUCCAGCCAGCUGAUGCGCUACGCUGAUCUGUAUGCAUCCUCCUGCCUCAACCUGCUGUACUACCCCUUCAGCUACCUGUUCAGAGCGCCGCCAGUGCUGAUGCCACAUGAAUCCACUGUAGACCACUACCAGCUGGACAUGAGCGUGUUGGACUUAGCGCUAGCCAAUCGAGUGCAUCGACUCAGCACGAAGAAAGAAGACGAGGAAAGCAAGGAAGAAAAUAAGUGAUGCCUUGACGUUUCCAUGGCAACACAGCUUUACCGGACAUUGAUGUUGACACCAAUACAGAAAUGCAGCAGGGGUGUGACCCUGUUAUCAGAUUGGGUUCAUCAAAGCUGUCUGGCAGGCAGAUACUGCCCUCACAGCUCGGCAGGUUGUAUAAUGAUGGUGAAGCUGGGUUACACAUAUUGAUAUAUUUGUGAUCAAUAACUAAUUGGAGAAUAACAACUGUGAAGUUAGGCGUUUUCAAUGAGAGAUGCUUCCAAGUCUGGGACUGUUGAAUGGGUUUCCUUGCUCUAUGUUAAUGAAAUAACAGAAGUCUAGCUCUUCUCAGCCCACUGAUUCUAUUUUCAGUGCAAGUUUGAGUUUACAGUUGAGAUGUGGUUUGAAGCAACUCUCUUUUCCAGUGCAGUCAAGGGCUUGCACUAUAAAGCACUUUCCAUUGCACUUCUCCUCUACACUGCAGUCUGAUAGAAAACUAACCUGCCUAUAGAUACAUCGCAAAGGGUUACACUGGAGGGGUUUUUUGAACUGUGUAUAAAUAUCUUAGAAUACAAUUGGCAUCUGCUGAUCAAAUACAUGUAUAAAUAGGCAACUAAAAGACCACCGGAUUACUGAUGAUUCGAUCAUUGUUUUCUUUACAUUCAUAUAAAUAAGAAGAAUGGAAGCAUGCAUUAGCUAGACCCCUGGGUGAUGCAGAUUUCAAUUAAUGGUCUAACACUGCGUGCUCUGCGAAGAAGGGUUUUUAACAUCUUAUUUCGUUUGUUUUGAAUUCAUGGAACAGGUUUUCAUUGUUUAAAGGUAUUCUCGUGGUGUUGCUUAACUUUUUAGCUUUUUUUUGAUUUUUUGAUUUCUCUUGAUGUGCUUGAUUAUAUAUAUAUAACGUUUUAAUGUUGCUAAGGAGAUUCAGAAUCUCUGUGGUGGUUGAAUUAAAAUGUGAAUCUCAUAAAGAAUCAGAAGAGGAGAAAUAUAACUUUUUCAAUGUAUUUGUUUCAAUGAUAGUGCAGGGAUUAAACACUUUAAUACAUGUAUGUAUUCCUUUUUUAAAUACAGUUUUAACUGCAGCUUUCUGGUACCUACACUUCCUCUGCUGUAGGUCAUGGAAGUUAAUCUGACCUGCAGCACAGGAAGUUAUUAGGUUCCAGGAAGCAACACCAACUUUAUAGUGUACCGGUAAAUCGUAGAAUUUGCCAAUAUUCAAACCGUAAUAUAUAUAAUAUAAAGUGGUGGGCAAAGAAGCCUCAGUCUGUUGAUAUACACUGGAUACAUUGCGAUUGUGUUGAAAAUAAAUUUGCAACAAGGGUUCACAAAAGGUAGCAACAGUAUUCUACAGCAUGGUACAGGGUAAUAACCAAGGCUUUCCUUUCUAACCUCAAUAAAAUAACAGCACAUCACUGGGGAGCAUGGGCUUUAUUUUCACUUUGACUCAGGUGAGCCUACAUCCUGCCUGUUCACUUCCUGUGUUACAGGUAUUAGGACCCUGUCUGAGUCUCUCAUUCACAUUCCGUACACAGGGAGCAAUGUGGUGCCAGGAGUGGGUCCUAAUACCUGUGACACAGGAAGCGAAUUGGGGAAGAAACCAUGUUCUCCCAUUUACAACAGUCCAACUGAUGUCUUUGAAAAAGAUUUCUGUGCUGCUCUGAAACGUUAUUUUUGGUUUUGUUUCUGAUUCUUUGAGAGUCACUUAGUUCUGGAUGAAUAACAGUCCUGCUCAAUUCUGCACUGGGUUUCUGAAUGUCUUUUUUUAUCAUCUCUACAGUGUUAGUGUGUUCAAGCAGGCUUGUUUAUGGUUUAAUUGUUUUUAUAAAGACCAAGUGUUCAUUUUUAAAGAUAUUAGUAUUUGAUAUAUAUAUAUAUAUAUAUAUAGUAAAAAACAUUUUAUGAAGCUGUAUAAUCUGUGUUAUGAUUGUAUCCCAGUUCUUUUUUGGAUUUGUUUUUUGUCCCCCACAUAACAUUUGUUCUAAGUUUUACUUUGUAUAACUAUUA